GAUGCGGCCGCUACCACCGGCCUCCGCUUAGCCGCCGGCGCAGCCUCCCCGGCUGCAGCUCCGGCACACGCCGCCCCUCGGCGCCGGGCAGCAGGAAGCGGGGCUCGGCCGGCUCCCAGCGCCCCCCCUCCCCUCCCCGCCCAGCGCAGAGCGGGCGCCGGCGGCACGGGCCGUCGCGGGAGCAGCAGGCGCUGGCGUCGGAUGCCUGCGCUACGCCAUCCCGGUGCUGCCGCGGCCUGGACUUCGCGGGGAGCAGGGGCGAUCGGCGGGCAGCGGCGGCCGCUCCUUUGUGUCCCAGGGCUGUGGCUUAUGGAGGCUGAGGGGACGACUGGCCAAGGAACCGCUGUGUUGUGCUGCUGCGCGCCUCCCUUCCCGGUGCUCGACGGCACUGCUAUUUAUGGAGCUUUGCUUUGAAACCGGAUAAGGAAGUGAUCUGAUCAAGCCCUGCAAAAAUAGACUGUUCUAAAAUGUUCAAGCACUAUGUUUUUGACAGCAAAGAACUGGAAGACUGGUUGAUCGACAUACUAAAAUGGAGUAUUUACCAGUGCAGUAACUAAGGUGCUGACAAGUUUUGACUUCUUCAUCCUCAUAAACAUGAGUGAAGUUCAGGCUAUGGUAGAAUUCUCCGUGGAGCUCCACAAAUUCUUCAAUGUGGAUUUGUUUCAAAGAGGCUUUUACCAGAUUCGCGCAUCUAUGAAAAUUCCUCCAAGAAUUCCACACAUAUUAGAAGCUAGUUUGUUACAUGGAACUGGUGCAACAGAUCUUGCCUUUCCUGCUUCAGUCCAUGACAAUAUAGUUUGCAGUAAAACAUUUCAGAUUCUUUACAAAAAUGAGGAAGUUUCUGUGAAUGAUGUGAUGAUUUUCAAAAUAAAAAUGCUGAUAGAUGAGAGGAAGAUUGAGGAGUCGCUUAAUGAAAUGAAUUUUCUGCUAACAUUAGAUUUACACUUCACGGAUACAGACUACUCACCAGAUGACUUGAGCACACUACAGCCAAUUAGUAGCCGAACUUUAAAGUUGCACUUUAACCUACACCAGGGCCUUCAUCAUUAUGUCAAUGUUAUGUUUGAUUACUUCCACCUUUCCGUCAUAUCGGUUAUAGUCCAUGCUUCUUUGGUUGCGCUGCAUCAGCCAUUGAUAAGUUUUCCUCGCCCAGUGAAGAAUACGUGGUUGAACAGGAAUGCACCAGCACAAAACAGGGACUCUGUGAUUCCUUCUCUUGAAAGUGUGGUCUUUGGCAAUAACUAUACAAAACAGUUAUCAGCAGACGGUUGCAGUUUUGUUGUUUCAGAGUCUUUCCUCAGCCAUGCUUAUAAUUUUCACUAUACACUUUGUGCCACUUUGCUGCUUGCUUUCAAAGGGUUGCAUAGAUAUUUCAUUACAAUAACCAAGGAUCUCCCCUCUUCUCACCGAAUUGAACUGGCCAAGGCCAGCAUGCAGGUCCUUUAUGAACGCCUUCUCAGAAGAAAAUAUCCACGAACCCAGAGAUUCGCCUACCUAGAAAACAUAGAUGUAGAUAUUCGUCUUACAGAAUUGUGUGAAGAAGUCAAGAAAAUGGAAAAUCCUGAUGAACUGGCAGAACUUAUAAAUAUGAAUCUUGCUCAGCUUUGCUCACUUCUGAUGGCUCUCUGGGGGCAGUUUCUGGAGGUCAUUACCUUACAAGAGGAAGUCACAGCUUUGCUAGCACAAGAGCAUCACACAUUAAGAGUGCGCAGAUUUGCUGAAGCAUUCUUUUGCUUUGAGCAUCCUAGGCAAGCUGCUCUUGCCUUUCAAGAACUACAUGCUCAAAGUCAUCUACAGGUGUGUGCAGCUAUCAAAAACAUUUCCUUCUGCAGUUCUCUUCCACCCCUCCCUAUUGAGUGCAGUGAACUAGAUGGAGAUAUGAACUCCUUGCCUAUUAUCUUUGAAGAUCGGUAUUUAGAUUCAAUUACCGAAGAUUUGGAUGUACCCUGGUUGGUAGCUCAGAGUGUUCCAAGGGCAGAGUCCAGUAAACUGGAUAAAUCUGAAGCUGAAGAAGGUUUUGUUGCUGGUCUUACUAGCCCAGAACUGAAAAUAAGACCUGCUGGUGCCUCUGUUGUCUGGCAUUCAGAAACUGAAAAGAUGCUAACAAAAACCUCCAAAGGGAAAAAUGAAGAUACAAAUAAAUCCAAAGCUAAGGUUGCUAAGCUCAUAAAAACAAUAAAAGCUGAAAACACAAAAAAAGUUGUAAAACAGAACUCAAAGGACUCUGUUGUGUUAGUAGGCUACAAAUGUUUGAUUAGUGCAGCACUGGAAAAUGCCUGUAGAAGGUUAGAUGGUGAGCCUUCAUACAAUGCUAAUGAAGGGCUGGACCCUAGAGUAGGUGAUACAAAGGCCUGCAUCAGGCAAAUAACUCGAAGAGACCUUCCAUUGUUGCCAUAUGAUGAAAUGGCUGUCAAGACUGAAGGUGACCAACCAGGUCCAAGUAGUCCUGUGCACUGUGAAAAUGAGGCUAUUUUUGAUAGACUGACUAUCUCCCAGACAGGUUCUGGAACUAUUCAGGCAGAUAGUGCUGUACAACACAGAGUUACACUUGAAGGUUGUCAUGGAGAUCAACCAGCUUCCUCAGGAGUCAGGACAACUGAGGUCAAACCAAGUAAUAAGAAUCUUUAUGAAGAGGAGAAAGGAGUGGCUCACACUGGAUCAUGGGUUAAGUUUCCACAAGAUGAAGUGCACAAAGAGGAUUUGCUGACACCUGAUGUUCAGUCUUCAGAAUCUGGAAAUAAACUGAAAUUGGGAGAACAGGAACCCAUGCUUGAAAAGGAAGAGGUCCAUGAGAGAAACUGUCAGCAUACCAGUGACAUCUUGACAAAAAUGAAAAGCAAUCCACCUACUCUUUCAACAAAAGAAAACCAAAUCUCUGCAAGUGGAGACAUGACUAAAUUACCAGAUGUUAGUGUGACAUAUGCCUCUUCUAGAUUUUCAGAUUCAGGUGUAGAAAGUGAACCAAGUUCUUUUGCAACUCACCCCAACCCUGAUCAUGUUUUUGAAAAUGUUCAUGGACAAAGUGCACACAAUGGUGAGAGAGUGUUUCCUCAGCCUUUACUAAAACCUGACUGUGUAAUAAAAAACACAAUCGAAAGCCAUUGCACUGAGAGUACGAGUGCUGUAAGUGAAAUACAGUCAUCCCUGACAUCCAUAAAUUCACUGCCUUCAGAUGAUGAUGAGCUGUCUCCUGAUGAGAAUUCAAAGAUAUCUGUUGUACCUGAAUGCCAGCUAAGUGACAGCAAAACAGUAUUGGAUCUAGGAGCAAUUGACUUGCCAAAAUGUGAUGACAGUAAAACAUCAAACACCAAUUUGCAGCAGCAGCUUGUGUAUUCAGGGCACUUAGAUAGCAAAACUCUAUCUAUACAUUCCUCACUCUCAGGAAAAAAAGAUCUGUUACACUUGGUUGUUUCAGAUGAGGACACGCCUACUGAUGUGGAAAGUUAUAGCCCACAAACAGGCCCUGGCACAACCUGCAAGGACUCUCAGGACUUUGAAAGGCAUCCUAGAGCUACAGAAGAAAUAUUUAAGUUGUGUUUGGAAACAACUUGUAUGGGUGAGCCAUCUGCUGGUUCAGGUUCUUCAUCUGUAAAUGCAGUGGUUAACAAAACAAACAAAGGAAAACAUAAUGAGCCUUUAGAACUAAAGAGCCCAACUGAAGAACUGUCAGUAGCUAAAAGUGAAAUUGGUACGGAUAAUCCUUCUCCAGCUGGUAGUGCUGACAUGGUAAAGCAAGGGCUUGUUGAAAACUAUUUUGGCUCUCAAAGCAGCACAGGUAUUUCAGAUAUUUGGCCUAUGGAUAACAGCAAUCCUGUUAGCCCUCAAAAGGAAGCAUACGAAAAACAAAUUAUUUGUUCUUCCCAACAAGAUGAGGAAGAAGAGGAGGAUCACGAAAUGAUUGAAAAUGGAUAUUAUGAAGAAACUGAUUAUAGUAUAUUAGAUGGAGCUUGCAGUGCUCACCAGGAUCAUGCCUUAGCAGAAGAGAGAGCCCUGAGAUCUGAAAUGAUUGACAAUGGACACCUGCAAGACAUAAUGACUGUGCCCCCUGUCUGUACCCCUGGUUGUUUGUCUUUCCCUUCUUCUCUGAGAGACUCUCCCUGCAAUGUUACCUCUUCUUCAAAGAAUAAAUCUGAUGCAAUUACACAACAGCCAGGCAGCACAUCCUACAGCUCAGGUUCAGCUGUUUCCUGGUAUGAGAGCUCCCCAAAACCUCAAAUGUUAGCUUUCCUACAGGCUAAAGAAGAAUUGAGGCAACUUAAACUUCCUGGAUUUAUGUAUAGUGAUGUUUUCAAACUGGCUUCUUCAAUACCUUAUUUCAGUAUGGAAGAUGACGAGUGUUCAGAAGAAGGAGUACAUCUUAUAGUCUGUGUCCAUGGCCUAGAUGGUAACAGCGCAGACCUAAGAUUAGUGAAGACUUACAUUGAGCUAGGGCUGCCUGGAGGAAGAAUUGAAUUUCUUAUGUCCGAAAGGAAUCAGAAUGAUACCUUUGCUGAUUUUGAUUCCAUGACAGAUCGUCUUUUAGAUGAAAUUAUACAGUAUAUACAAAUUUAUAAUCUACCCCUUUCAAAAAUCAGCUUUAUUGGACACUCACUGGGUAAUUUAAUAAUCCGUUCAGUGCUCACGAGACAUCGAUUUAAGUAUUACCUCAACAAACUUCAUACCUUCCUAUCUCUGUCUGGACCACAUCUUGGUACCCUCUACAACAGCAGUGCUCUUGUAAAUACAGGACUGUGGUUUAUGCAGAAAUGGAAGAAGUCUGGUUCUUUAUUGCAAUUGACAUGUCGAGACCAUUCAGAUCCACGACAGACAUUCUUAUAUAAACUUAGUAAAAAAGCAGGUCUUCAUUACUUCAAAAACAUUGUGUUAGUAGGAUCUCUCCAGGAUCGUUACGUUCCUUAUCACUCUGCUCGCAUUGAGAUGUGUAAAACAGCUUUAAAGGAUAAGCAAUCAGGACCAAUUUAUGCUGAAAUGAUCCAGAACCUGCUUCUGCCAGUUCUUCAAAAUAAGGAAUGUAAUUUGGUUCGUUAUAAUGUAAUUAAUGCAUUACCCAAUACAGCAGAUUCUCUCAUAGGGAGAGCAGCACACAUUGCUGUUCUUGAUUCAGAAAUAUUUUUAGAAAAAUUCUUUCUUGUUGCUGCCCUAAAAUAUUUUCAGUAGAGAAGAGCAUUGUAAGAGACUUGGUUAUUACCUCAUUAACAGAUGAAUUCAGAUAAUGUGUGGUGUUGAAGUAUAGCUGCAGCUGUAUUUUAAGAGAUAUUUAUACUUUUUAUAUGGAAGAUAAUUUAUAUCAUCCACACUUAGGGCUUUUUAACAUCAACUUUACUUUCUAGGUAAUGUGACUGUGCAAUAUUUUUUUAUUUUGUUCUUUUUACUUUUCUAUUACUUUUUCUUAAUUUUGGGUACCUAAUUAUUUGGAGAUUAAAGCACAGUGUGUACUUUUGUUUGGUUGGUUAUUGGCUUUCAGACAACAGAAGUCGAUGUUACUUGGCAACAUUUUACAAGAGGCUUUAGAUGCCAAAAAUAAAUUGGAUUUUAAAAUUCUAACAAUG